AUGGCUUCAAUACGGACAAAACUCGCAGCCUGGAUCUGGGGAUCCGAUUCCCAGGACCGUGCCUUGCUGGCAAAACUGGACGUGACGCUGCUCCCGUACUUCUCGUUGAUCUGGUUUCUAUUUGGUGUCACCCGCGCCAGCUAUUCCUCCGCCUAUAUCAGCGGCAUGAAGGAGGCGCUCAACUUCCAAGGGAAGGAAUACAACUAUAUGAACACUGCGUAUCUGGUCGUUUAUGCCGUUUGCCAGAUGCCAGGAACCAGCCUCUUGACCGUCGUGCGGCCGAAAUAUGUUUUCGUUACAGCGAAUGUGACCUGGAGUGUCCUGACCUUGAUCACUUAUAAGAUGACCCAUGCCUGGCAAGUGAUUCUCUUAAACGCAAUCGAAGGCGGGUUUUCAGCCAUCGCAUAUGUGGGUGCCCACUUUAUUCUCGGUUCUUGGUAUAGGAGAUCGGAGCUUGGCAUUCGGGCGGCCGUCUUCUGCGUGUUCGGGCAACUUGGGACAAUGUCGGGAGGCUGGAUCCAAGCAGGGUUGCUUAAAUCCCUGGCUGGGAAUGGAGGUCUUCCUGCCUGGAAGUGGAUAUUCAUCAUUGUUUCAGUAAUGACGGUGCCUGUUGCGCUGUUCGGUAAGUUUCUCGAUCCGUACCUUUUUGGAAAUAUCACAAGAAUACCUAACCGGAAGCGCUUUGCAGGCUGGGUCUUCAUUCCUGAUCUUCCAGUACAUCGGGCUGCUUGGUUCUUGAACAAUGAGCAGAAGGAGCACGCAGUGAAUCGACUGGGCUCUCUCCGUAAGCAAACAUGGGAUACAACGGUGUUUCGGCGUGUUUUGCUGAGCUGGCAAUUCUGGCUUCUGCCAUUUAUUUUCAUGUUGUAUUCACUUUGCGUGCAAAUGCUGCAGAACAACGUCAUGGCUUACUGGAUGGCAUCCCGAGGCUAUACAAAAAUCCAGCAAAACAACUACCCUACCGGAAUCUAUGCGAGCGCCAUUUUUGGCACUAUCUUAUAUGCUGUCAUCUCCGACAAGCUGAAGUCCCGCUGGGAGGUUUCUAUUGCUAUUGGCCUGACAUUUGUCAUUGGGUCAGCCAUUCUUGUGUCGAGCCCGUCCACCGACGCGGGCUACUUCAUAGCAUUUUAUUUACUCGGUACCACCUUUGCGCCACAGGCAGUUUGGUACUCAUGGAUGGCAGAUGUGACAAGCCAUGAUUUUCAGCUUCGUGCUAUAACAACUGGAUUCAUGAACUCGUUUGAUUUCGCCUUUGUGACUUGGUGGCCGCUAAUUUUCUACCCUGCCACCGCCGCCCCGGAUUUCCAUAAAGGAUAUAUUGCAAGCCUAGUGACCGGAGCAUUGACGCUCCCUUUCAUAUUAUUGAUCGCCUAUCUAGAAAAAAGGGACAGGGGUCGAGGUCUCAUCGGACGGGUUACAACUACCAAUUCUUUAGCCGAAGAAGAUGCGCUCGUGCAAGGCAAUGGACCAGACAAGGCACGUAAUACAUCGGCCAGUGCGAGAAGAUCUGAGCUCAGUAUAUAG